AUGGCACGGGAAGGCCUUCAAGCCAUCACCUUCAGACCUGGCAACUUGAAAAAGAGACAGAUUUACCCGCAUGUAGCCUCUUCCCGAUUGCGCAAUCUUCCACAGCAUGGUACCUUCAGAUCUAUAAUAGAUCUGGCUCCCGACACGAUCCGGCGGUUAGCCAUUAAGCGGAAAAUCUACAAGCCCCCCUCUCCAAAAACAACUAAGCGCGAUCGCAUCGAAUCUACAAUUUGCACGAUCAUCUUGCUUCGAUCGGAUUAUGCGGGGAACACCCCCUCUAUGCGGCUGCUGGCUUACAACCACGCACGAGUAACACCGAUGGAGCCAAUGGAGCUCUCAUAA